UGAGUCCCUGCUGGGAGUGUGGUGCAUCCCUCAGAUGUGUUGGACUGGAACAGAGGCUGAGAAAUAUUGCUCUGGGGCUCUGUCCUGUGGUCAUGGAGUAUUGAUCAGUAAAUUCCUCAUCUAUGCCUGUCUGCUGCUCUUCUCUGUGCUGCUGGCCCUUCGUCUGGAUGGCAUCAUUCAGUGGAGUUACUGGGCCGUCUUCGCUCCAAUAUGGCUGUGGAAGUUAAUGGUCAUCGUUGGAGCGUCAGUUGGAACUGGAGUCUGGGCACGAAACCCUCAAUAUCGAGCAGAAGGAGAAACGUGCGUGGAGUUCAAAGCCAUGUUAAUUGCAGUAUGCAUCCACUUGCUCCUGUUGAUGUUCGAAGUUCUGGUCUGUGACAGGAUCGAAAGAGGAAGCCAUUUCUGGCUGCUGGUCUUCAUGCCACUCUUCUUUGUUUCCCCGGUAUCUGUUGCAGCCUGUGUUUGGGGCUUUCGACAUGACAGGUCACUAGAGUUAGAAAUCCUGUGUUCUGUCAACAUUCUCCAGUUUAUAUUCAUUGCCUUAAGACUGGACAAGAUCAUCCACUGGCCCUGGCUUGUCGUGUGUGUGCCCCUGUGGAUUCUCAUGUCCUUCCUGUGCCUGGUGGUUCUCUACUACAUCGUGUGGUCCGUCCUGUUCUUGCGUUCCAUGGAUGUGAUUGCAGAGCAGCGGCGGACGCACAUAACCAUGGCCCUGAGCUGGAUGACCAUAGUCGUACCUCUUCUGACUUUCGAGAUCCUGCUGGUUCACAAACUGGACGGCCACAACGCGUUCUCUUGUAUACCCAUAUUUGUACCCUUGUGGCUCUCCCUGAUCACUCUGAUGGCGACUACGUUUGGACAGAAGGGAGGAAACCACUGGUGGUUUGGUAUCCGCAAGGAUUUCUGUCAGUUUCUGCUUGAAAUCUUUCCGUUCCUGAGAGAGUAUGGAAACAUCUCCUACGACCUCCACCACGAAGAUAACGAAGAGGCCGAAGAAUCCCCAGUUCCAGAACCUCCUAAAAUUGCUCCCAUGUUCCGGAAGAAGACCAGGGUGGUCAUCACCCAGAGCCCUGGGAAGUACGUCCUCCCUCCUCCCAAAUUAAAUAUUGAAAUGCCAGACUAAGCACCACUCGUGGGGAGGGAGCCUGAGUGGACCGGACCUGCCCUCUCCAGCUUCCUCUGCAGCCUCUGUAUUUGCCCCACAACCCGAGCCAAGCCCAAGCCAGGUGUCUGGGUGCUCCACCCCAGCCUUGUUUGCAUCCGAUGCCUAUCAACCACUCACCAUGAAGGGACAUGAAGGCAGUAGAGGCCUGGGGUAUGUGUCAGCAGACUUGGAUACCAACAAGAGCAAGAGGGCCAAAUUGAGUACAGGCGGUCCUGCGGGGCCCUUGGCUCCAGCGCACACUCAUCGUACCGCUUGGGGGUGGCUGCAGAAGGGACAGCUGUCGACUGGUGUCCAAAUUGCUGGAGUGGUGAUCAAGUGUUGUUUGAAAAUGUCUUCCCCCAGACAGGGCUGACCUGCACAUGAGGCUCAGAGCCGCCAGCUGUAAUGCAGCUGGCUGGUGAGGAGGCCUGUCGUCUGCCUCUGCUCACCAUGUGUCCGCACGCAGCACAGCCACCAUGGUUCCUGGCCCUGCCCUGUGGGCGUGUUCAUUUUCAGCCUUCUCAGUGAGGCCUUCCUAAGGUAAUUACUCCAAGCCCGUAGAGUAUUUAUACCGACGUUCAGCAUUAUUUCGGCCGGUGUUAAACCCCAGCUCUGGACAGUACACUCUGUCACAGUAUUUUUUUUUACAAGCUUGGGCUGGAGAAGCCCAUGACCCGCUACAGAAGGAGAGGCAGGACACACCUUCCCGGCCCCCC